AUGCUUCACCACCACCAUCCGACGUUAAAGAGGUUCCGCUCCGUCCUCUCUUCGCGUUUUGCUAGUUUGCGACCUAGCAAAUCCGGCGAUUCGACAGGUCGCUCUGGAGUCUCGCAGUCAGAGGGCCUAAGUCACCAUCCAGUGGCGAAACCGGACCAGGGGCUAUACAGUCAGCUCGAGGUUGAAUUAUCAUCACCUCAAGGUGCUAGUUUUCAACCAACUUACGAGCUUGGUCAGCUCCAGAGUGUUCAGACCAUCAUCGGGAAAGGGUGGAGAAAGGGUGCUUCGGAUGACAAGAUACAUCUUACCCAUGAAAUUCAACAACAGCAGGCGAGGAUGCACUAG